UAGCUGGCGCUGUCGCGAUUCAUGUGAUUCUGAAUUUAGGAGGCGGUGAUGUAAACAAACUUUGCUCCUUAGUCAAUGUUGUGAUGACAUUUGGUGCUUCCUUUGUGCUUUUGAAUGACACAUGGAUUAAAUGGAAUUGUAUAGCAUAAUCAGGUGAAUUCUGAAUUCACUUCAUUGGGAGGGGGAGAUUCCCCAAGCACUUCCUAUCUGCAAGACAAGAUCGUCUGCUACGACUGGGCGUCAGACUUGAGGCCUUGUCAUAAUUGAAUUCUGGUAUUAGACAGCUAUAGGGGACUGUUUCCUUGUUCGACAGUGCCAUAAAUUGUGGAGAAAACUAAACAUUUCUUAUCUGGUUCCGGAGAUUAAAGUUCCUGACAAUGGCGGACUUCUUAGCAGAAAACAACCAAUGCGGCCAAAACCUUCUCCGUCUGGCGUCGAGAGGAAACGCCAUCAUUGCGGAACUUUUGCGUCUCGCUGACUUUAUUCCAACUGUGUUUAGACUUGAUAACCGUUAUGACCAGGCGAAAUACAGUGAAAUCUUGUCCGAUUUUAGCUACUUCCGUAAUGCUGACUAUUUUGAUAAUAAGAUAGAGUCUCGAGUGGAAUUACAAGAUCUUGAUGAAGAGUUCAGAGAAAACCACAUUGAAAUUCUUAUCAGGUUUUACCAAGCAUUUGCAAGUGUACAUAAAUAUGUCACAGAUCUAAACAGGUACCUGGAGGAUCUGGAGGAGGGAGUGUACAUCCAGCAGACUGUGGAGUCGGUCCUGCUUAACGAGGAUGGAAAACAGCUCAUGUGUGAGGCUCUGUACCUGUACGGGGUGAUGUUGCUGAUAAUUGACAUCCGUGUGGAGGGGUUGGUGAGAGAGCGGAUGCUCGUCUCCUACUACAGAUACAGCGCCCAAAAGGCUGCGGCAGCAGACUCAAACAUCGACGAUGUGUGCAAGCUGCUUCGCAGUACCGGAUACUCUCACCUGCCGGGUGCCAAGCGACCUGUAAACUACCCAGAGUCCUACUUCAAUCGCGUCCUCAUCAGCUCCAACUUCGUCAACAUGGUGAUUGGCCGCCUGAGGUCGGACGACGUGUACAACCAGAUAUCGGCGUAUCCCCUGCCGGAGCACCGGUCGACAGCCCUGGCCACCCAAGCCAGCAUGCUGUAUGUGAUCCUGUACUUCGAGGCAGACACCCUCCACAACCAGCAGGCCAAGAUGAGGGAGAUUGUUGACAAACACUUCCCUGAUAACUGGGUGAUAAGUGUAUACAUGGGUAUGAUCAUCAACCUGAUGGAUGCGUGGGCUCCUUACAAGGCAGCCAGCACAGCUCUCAACAACACUCUGGAUACUGCGAACAUCAGGGAACAGGCAGCCCGGUACUCCCAGAAGCUGGAGAGGCUGCACCCGGUGCUGGAGAAGUACCUGAAGGAGGGGGUGCUGGUGGAGGAGUUUGUGCUGGACAACAUCCCCAAACUGAUGAACGCCAUCCGUGAGUGUAAUGUCACGCUCCGCUGGCUGAUGCUUCAUACAGCUGCACUGCCACCAACUGCCGAGGGCAACAAGCGGUGCAAGCAGAUCCGGGACCAAGUGCUUGGAGAUUCCCGGUACAACCCGCUCGGUGUGUUUCAGCUUCUGCUCAGUACAGGACAGUUCGAGUUCAAGCUGAAAGAGAUGUUCAAGCAGAUGCUGCUGGACAAGCAGACCAAGUGGGAGAGUUACAAGAAGGAGGGCCACGAACGCAUGCAGGAACUGAGCGAGGUCUUCUCCGGCACCAAGCCCCUCACCAGGGUGGAGAGGAAUGACAACCUCCAGGCCUGGUUUACCGAAAUGUCCAAACAGAUCUUGUCCCUGAACUAUGAAGACUCUACUUCUGCAGGACGGAAGAUCGUUCAGCUCAUACAGGCCAUGGAAGAGGUUCAAGAAUUCCACCAGCUGGAGAGCAACCUUCAGGUGAGGCAGUUCCUUGCCGACACCCGCAAGUACCUCCAUCACAUGAUCCGCACCAUCAACAUCAAGGAGGAAGUCCUCAUCAACAUCGGCAUUGUCGCAGACCUCUCCUACGCAUGGAACAUCAUCGACAGCUACACCGGCUACAUGCAGCAGGGCAUCAAGAAGGACCCGUCCCUCGUCAUCAAACUCAGAGCCACAUUCCUCAAGAUGUCAUCAGCUCUAGAACUGCCCCUGCUGAGAAUCAACCUGGCCAUGAGUCCUGACCUGAUGAGUGUGUCACAGUUCUACUCCGGGGAGCUGGUGGGCUACGUCAGGAAGGUCCUGCAGAUCAUUCCACAGACUAUGUUCAGUCUUCUGGCAAGUAUCAUCCGCCUGCUGACCAAUCAGAUCCAUGAGCUGCCGACCCGCCUGGAGAAAGACAAGAUGAAGGAGUACGCUCAACUGGACGAACGCUUCCAGGUGGCGAAGCUGACCCAUGCCAUCUCGGUGUUCACAGAGGGGAUUCUUAUGAUGAAGACCACCCUUGUUGGAAUCAUCAAGAUCGACCCCAAGCAGCUGCUGGAGGACGGGAUCCGCAAGGAGCUGGUGCAGCAGGUGGCCCAGGCUCUGCAUCAGGGACUCAUGUUCAACCCCAAAGCCAAGGUGAAUGAGCUGCUGCCACGCCUGACAAUGCUGGGGGAGAAGAUGGAUGGCUUCCGCCGCUCCUUCGAGUACAUCCAGGACUAUGUGAACAUCUACGGCCUGAAGAUCUGGCAGGAGGAGGUGUCUCGCAUCAUCAACUACAACGUGGAGCAGGAGUGUAACAGCUUCCUCCGCACCAAGGUCCAGGACUGGGAGAGCAUCUACCAGUCCACCGCCAUACCCAUUCCACGCUUCCCUCCCGUUGAUGAGAGCGUCAACUUCAUCGGUCGGCUGGCCCGGGAGAUCCUCCGCAUCACUGACCCCAGACAAACUGCAUACAUUGACCAGAUGAAGGCCUGGUACGACCUGAAGACCCGAGCUGAAGUCUGCAACAGAACACUGUUCCAGAAACUGCAUAGAGCUGUAGGGAGUUUCGGGCUGUCUGGUCUGGACCGUCUGCUGUGUUUCAUGAUCGUCAAGGAGUUGCAGAGCUACCAGAUGCAGAUCAUGAGGGGCGUCUUCCGCGACAAGAACUGGAUGGAGUUCUUCGGCUCGGUCACCAGGACUCUCAACCCCCUCCAGGGCACCAUCCCCCAACCCCAGAAGGUGUACUCCCAGGCUAUCUCCAAGGCCAACAAGCUGUGGGCGCCAUUCCUGGACAUUAUCCUCAGGGUUGGGCAGAUGCAGCUGCUGAGACGACAGAUCGCCUAUGAGCUCAACACAUCGUGCAAGUUCGACUCCAAGUUCCAUGCUAAUGCCUUGCAGACCAUGAACAACGCCCUGUUGGCUGACAUCGAGCGGCACUACCAGGACCCGAGUCUGCCCUACCCCAAAGAGGAGAACCCCCUGAUGUAUGAGCUCACCUCCUACCUGGAGUCUGCCGGCUUCCACAACCCACUCCUCAAGAUCUACAUCACAACGGCCCGCCUGCCCUACUUCCCUCUCUUCAACUUCCUGUUUACCAUCUCUCAGUUGCCAAAACUUGUCUACAACAAAAGCAUCAGUGGCAUGAUGUCCAAGAAGGCUACUGACCCGCUGGACUCCCCAACAUUUAUUGUGGGCUGCUACACGCUGUUGAAACAGUUCCACUCGGACAACAUCAACUUCUUCCUGGCUUUCCUGGGGCAGUAUGUCCGCUCCGUGGUGGAGGUCCUUGGCAGUUCACGGACCCCCGAGGCCUCCCAGGAUAUCAUCAACGUCCUCAUCUUCCUGGAAGACUUCAUCUUCUACAGCGGCAUGCCCAGGAAGUCGGUGGAGUCCUUCAUCCCAAGUUACAUAUUUGAUGAGUUCAGAUCACAGUAUGCAGCGUCCUAAUGGCAGACAACUCACAGACAAUCUACGUGCAAUAUGUUUGUAUGACUAGGAAAACAACUCGAGUUAUACAUUAGAAAUUGUUGAACAUUGUACAUGUUACAUGAAUAAUUGUUAUACAUUGUACAUGAGGAAUUGUUAUACAUGAUACAUGAAUAAUUGUUAUACAUUGGUGGUACAUGAGAAAUUGUUAUACAUGUACAUUCCAUCGGAAUAAAAGUUUGAGACUGCGAGGUAAGCUGUUUCAGUUGUAAGUUUAUCUAAGGAUUCCUCAUACCUGAUGGUAUUGUCGGUAGGCCUGUACACAGACACGAUACGACACAACACAUAUCUCAAUGGUAGGAUCACGAUGCGACUUGUAUUUCAAUGGUAGGAUCACGAUGCGACUUGUAUUUCAAUGGUAGGGUCACGAUGCGACAUGUAUUUCAAUGGUAGGGUCACGAUGCGACUCGUAUUUCAAUGGUAGGGUCACGAUACGACAUGUAUUUCAAUGGUAGGGUCACGAUACGACAUGUAUUUCAAUGGUAGGGUCACGAUGCGACUCGUAUUUCAAUGGUAGGGUCACGAUACGACAUGUAUUUCAAUGGUAGGAUCAUGAUACGACAUGUAGGGUCACGAUGCAACAUGUAUUUUAAUGGUAAGAUGACGAUAUGACAUGUAUUUCAAUGGUAGGGUCACGAUACGACAUGUAUUUCAAUGGUAGGAUCACGAUACGACAUGUAUUUCAAUGGUAGGAUCAUAAUACAACAUGUAUUUCAAUUGUAGGAUCACGAUACAACAUGUAUUUUAAUGGUAGGAUCAAGAUACGACAUGUAUUUCAAUGGUAGGAUCACAAUACGACAUGUAUUUCAAUGGUAGGAUCACGAUACGACAUGUAUUUCAAUGGUAGGGUCAUGAUGUGAUACAUGAUACGAUACGAGCUGUUGCAGAAAUGCAACUUCAUUUCAAGAAGUUUUUGCGCACUAAAACAUAUUGAAAUGACAACAAUGUAGGCGUCAAAACAUCUUGAGAACGAAGGUUAUGUGUGUACAUCUACACCUGAAUUACAGAAUGAAUGUGUAUUGUUUCAGAUUUCAAAAUUAAGCAUGAAGAUCAAGGUGUCUUUGUCAGAGGGUCCCUCGAUUUAAAUACCAUAGCAACUCUCGACAGCCUCAGGAGCACCGUAACUGUAAAUGCUAGCUUUUGUAUCGUCUCCAUGGUGAUAAAUAUAUGUAUCGUUCAUCACAGAUUGCAAUGCAUCGAAUAUUUGGUCAAUCGUUACAUGCUAAGUUUCAAGUUAGUCUCUUCAGUGACCACGUUGUGUGAUGGAGGUGAUGAAACAAUAGGGAUGACAACUCCGGCAAUGGUACUCUGUACUACAUCCGGGCUAUGCCUUGCCUUUCCUGAGGUGACCGAAUGAUCGAGGUCCAUGUCGAGUUUCAACUGUUUCAUGUCUUUGUACUUUUCUGAUGAAUGUCUGUUACUGACACCCGUAUGUCUCCAUUCAGGGACAUUCAGGCGUCUCCCAUACGCUGUACACAAACACUUCCCGUGGAAAUAUAACUACUUGUUUAUGUCGUAGUGUGUGACCAACUCUACUUGUAUUCUACAUUACAGAUAUAUAAUCUUAAAAGGAAAAUUGUUCCAAAUAUAUUGAUAAAGUCAUAUUUGUACAAAAUUAAAUGUACAUGUAUAUUUAUUUUGAAUAAAAACUUACACAAGAUGAUUCCUGAAUUGAGUUUAUUCUGACUAGAGACUACAAUCAAGAUAACAUGCAUGAAAGGUUAUCUGACUAUUAACAUACUAUAUGUAGACAGUCGUACCUCAACAAGACCUGGAUAAUGAAUGAACUGGAAUCAAAGAAUAAUAAUAUUGUUCAUGUGACUUAUGAAUUAAAUAAUAUCAUCUUGGGUGCCAAUAUCACACUGACUUGAAAUAUCACUGGUUCAUUUCGGUGAUCUACAUGAAAAACCUAUUUCCAUCUGAAU